GGGCUGCUAGAUCCAUGCUUGGCCCCGCCUUCUCACUGGAGGGAUGCCGGAGAGGCUGCAGUCUGUGAUGCUCCAGUUCUAACAACCUGGUGUCAUCCUCAUCCCAGUCUCCCCUGUAACGAGAGCACAAACUUGGGCACAUGAGCCAUUGCUGGGUGAGAGGAGCCUUGACAAGCCGUAUAUAGGUACAGUGAGCAAUAAGGAUCAGCUGAGAGACUGUACACAUUGCCCAUCUCUUCUCUAUCACUGCACAUAGGGGUCUGUGCUGCUGCUUCUCUAUAUGAGGAAGGAAGCCAGGGACCACUUCCAGGCUCCAAGGCAGCAGGACUGAAGGACUGGUAGCUCUCUGCCAGUGAACUGGACCUAUUUGAUACUUGAACGUGAAAUAGAGCAUUAAGAUGUUUGUGCUCCUGAAGUGUACAGACACUUUGUAAGGCAGAAGGCAAGCAAGUGGUUUCCAAUAAGGCUGGAAAGCAAAAAUAAAGAUUAGAAUAAGAAGUAUUCAUUAUAACCGACUACAUAUUUCAACCAAAGUAUUUCUGACAGAAAAAUUGAACAGCAAAAGAUUAUAAAAGACACAAACCAUCUAUAAGAAACAAGAGCUUGUCUCCAAAAGAGCUAACUGUGAUAACAAGACUGCUUUAAGUUUUCUGGGGCCAAAAUGAAAUUAAGCGAAAGUCGCCGGGAGGUGUUGGAAGAACUGCAAACAACUGUAUCCGCACCUGCAUUACCGAAUAAUGCCACUGAAUCUGUUACACCUGGAGGAGGCAAAGAUAAUCACUUUUCUAAGCUGCGAGAAAAGUUCAUGAAUGAACUGAAUAAAAUUCCAUUGCCACCAUGGGCCUUAAUAGCGAUAGCCAUAGUCGCAGUACUUCUCAUCCUUACCUGCUGCUUUUGUGUCUGCAAGAAAUGUUUAUUGAAAAAGAAGAACAAGAAGAAGGGCAAAGAAAAGGGAGGAAAGAAUGCUAUUAAUAUGAAAGAUGUAAAAGAUUUAGGAAAGACAAUGAAAGACCAGACCUUAAAGGAUGAUGAUGAUGAUGAUGACGACGAUGCAGAAACUGGUUUGACUGAUGGAGAAGACAAAGAGCAACCCAAAGAAGUGGAAAAGCUAGGGAAGCUUCAGUAUUCGCUGGAUUAUGAUUUUCAAAACAAUCAGCUGAUGGUGGGGAUAAUUCAAGCUGCUGAGCUGCCUGCUUUAGAUAUGGGAGGUACUUCAGAUCCAUAUGUGAAACUGUUCCUUAUGCCAGAUAAAAAGAAGAAAUUUGAAACAAAGGUCCACAGAAAAACCCUUAAUCCUGUCUUCAAUGAACAGUUCACUUUCAAGGUGCCCUAUGCUGAACUGGGAGGAAAAACAUUGGUAUUGACAGUGUACGACUUUGAUCGUUUCUCCAAGCAUGACGUUAUCGGGGAUGUAAAAGUUCAGAUGAACACGAUAGAUUUUGGUCAUGUGACUGAAGAAUGGCGGGAUUUAGUUAGUGCUGAAAAAGAAGAGCAAGAAAAACUGGGUGACAUCUGCUUUUCCCUCCGCUACGUACCUACGGCUGGCAAGCUAACAGUUGUUAUUCUCGAGGCAAAGAACCUAAAGAAGAUGGAUGUUGGUGGUUUAUCAGAUCCAUAUGUGAAAAUUCACCUAAUGCAGAAUGGUAAGAGACUGAAGAAAAAGAAGACAACAAUCAAAAAGAAUACACUCAACCCCUAUUAUAAUGAAUCUUUUAGCUUUGAAGUGCCAUUUGAACAAAUACAGAAAGUCCAAGUUGUCGUUACUGUUUUGGACUAUGACAAGAUUGGAAAAAAUGAUGCUAUUGGCAAAGUGUUUGUGGGCUACAAUGGCACAGGUGCGGAGCUCCGACACUGGUCAGAUAUGCUGGCCAAUCCAAGGCGACCAAUUGCACAAUGGCAUACUUUACAACCCGAAGAGGAAGUGGACGCAAUGCUUGCAGUCAAGAAAUAAAGAACAAACCGUCCUUUCUGCAGUUGCUCACAUAGUGCUCUUUAGCCAGUAUAUGUAAAUACCUCAGUAGGAUGGGUCGUCUCAUGUCUUACCAUGCAUUCCUUUUCCAAAUCAGACAUAACUAGCCAUUUUUUGCACAAAUUUAAUUGUCCUUACUUCCCUCAAGAACAAUAUUAAUGUGUAUCUCACAAAUGCCCUCUUAAUGUUCUUUUAAGCAAUAUAGUGUGUAGAUAGAGCAUGACUCAAUUUAUUAUCACACUCUUGUAAAUACCAGUAUGCCAACAUUUAUUUCAAGUCUGUGUAUUUGUAUGUUGUAAGUGUUUCUUAAUAUGUGUAUACUUAGAUGUUUUUAAUAAGAUGUUCUAUUUUAAAUUAUGUAAAUUGACUAAAUAGAAAAGAGUUAAUAAUAUAUUACAGGUUAUCUAUUGUAUCGUCCGCAUUCCAGAAGAAAUUCCAACUUGUAAGGCACUAGUAAAGUUGCACUGACAUCUUAAAGGACAACUUAAAUCUGAGCUCCACCAGAUACAUUCGAUUUAUAGAGACGCAUACAUUCCUCAUUAUGAGUUAAUUGGUUCCCAUUUGUAGAGUUCUGUCAGAAGCAACCAAUCAGAUGAGAGCAGCUCUAUCCGUAGCGGCCCCUCAGUUCAACAUAGUCACUAGUUGCCAAGUAAAUGGCAUAUGUAUAUAAGUGUUAACUUAAAUGCUCAAAUAUGUAUUUUUAGAGUUGGGGAAGAGAGGGGUAGUAAAGGGGAAUAAAUCUUUAAUAAUAUACAUAAUACACAGAAAAAGGGAGAGGGGUUUCCAGCUUUUCUCUAUGUGUCACAUGUAAGAAAACAGACAUCUUUCAUUACAGUCAUCUCUGUAAAUUUUAGCUUUCAGUAUAACGUCCGUCUUGUGAUUUGUCUGUGUAAUCCCACAUGUUUUAUGUACGUUGGGGUACAAAAUACAAAUUGUGAGGCAUACUGAGCUAGCAACGCAUUGUGCAAUUAUUACACGCAUACCAUUUUCAUAGUUCACAAACAGUAUUGUGACCCAAUAUAUAAAGACUAAACUGACUUAGCCAUAAUUCUGAAUGCACUUCAAGUAAAGCCAAAACAGCUAGUGAACUUUUUUUAUAUACUAUUUGUAUAAAGAGUUUUAAUUUGUCCUUUAAAAAUGGUAUUAACAAAGAACAAGUGCUAGCAUACUGGAGCACCCUCUUGUGUAUACUAGAUGCUCAUUUCAGGAGGAGUUUUUAAAUGUUUUCAAUGUUAUUAUGUAGUAAAUGGCACUAUUAUGAAGCUAUUAGUCAUUCCAUAAGGCUCUUUAUCCAUUGGGUGCCAGAGUGAGAUCUAACCAAGAGAAUUCCAAAUGAAAUGAGCACCAUCAUGGCAUCCAAUGGAUUUAAGGACUGCUCUGUGUAUCACUGUGACUGCCGUGUGUGCUUAGAUAAAACGUAGUUCUCUCAGUGAAUAGCAAUCAAUUCUUUAGUGAUAUUGUACUGAUAUACUGCCAUCUCUUUCUACUGCACUGCUGAAGGAGAGCAUAGCACAAAUAGGUUACUAUGGACCAAUUUGAAUCUGGGAGCUAUGCUGGAACUUGGAUUAAAAAUAUAGGUAGAUCUCGCAGCAUUUUUAGCACUGUGCAAUGUAGUCCAAGAAUUUCCUCUACAAUGAUAAUCCAGUUAUAGGGUAAUAUAAUAUAAUUCACGUAUAGCCCAGAAUAUCCAUAUCAUAUGUUGGUCAGGGUUUUGCCCUUAACCAUAAGGAUUUUUUAUCUGUGUAUGUAAUUAUUAUUUUAAUGACAUUGUUGUUAAACUGAGCAACAAACAAGGGCAUUAUACACCCAAGUUACUUUAUGUAGAGUCGGAAUAUCUUUAUGAAUAAGGAUUGUAUAAGUACACCAGUAACUUUGCCAAUGUUCAUAAAUUGGAUAUAUUAAAUACAAGAUGUGUUAGUGAUAAAGUUCAGCUAUUUUAUUUUAGCAGCAACUGUUAUGGUUUCAUGACAAGCUCUAUUCGCUUUAUUGGCACCUGGUAUUUCUGGCCCUCCAGGGCACAUGGAAUGUAGGACACAGGUCUGCGUGCUGCUUAAUAUGAAAUAGUGGGCUAUGAUUAUACAUUGCAACUGACCAAAAUGCAUCAGUUUUUUUUUUCCCAUUUCUUGGUUAUAUAUGUGUAAAUCAAAUGCACAACAUGCAGGUCCAGCCCAGUAACAUAUCAGAUGCACCCAAACCUGCCAAAUAUUUCCCAGCAUUCCUCUUUGAAUUGAAUUUUUUAGGGUUAAUACAUUGUGCAAUGUGGUGCAUAAAUCUCUACAACCACACAGUUAUAUUCCUUCUUCUAUCUCCAUUUGAAAUGCAAACGUUGCCCAUAAACCAGCUAACCCUCCAAUAUAUCUGACUUGCUGACCAAAUAUGGGCAUACAGUAGUACACUUAAAGGGUCAUUUAUUAACUACAGGGCAGGGUGCAAAAAAGGCACCAUCUGAUGUGUUUUGGACCCUGCCUUGCAUCUUGAAAUAUUGAUGCAAGUCUCUGAAAAUAUUACAGAGAAUGCAUGUGCGAACCUUGUAUUCAGGGGUGGCAUGUAGGCUCCUUAGUGCACUGGGUUGCACAGAUUUUAGCACAGCUUGACACAAUGCAUUAUUAUCCCUUAGAAUGAUUAUUUAAAGUGGAAUGUUAUGAUCUACAUUGCUUUUUGCCCAGUGUAAGGUUUUCUCUAUAUUGAAAAGCCACAUCUACCUUUUGGACAACGCUGUGUAAAGUCUUAGAAUCUGAUGCUGUAGAAAUCCUAGUUGCCUUUGUGUAUACUUACUGCCUGCUUGAGUGUUUUUAUGUGUGAGUUUUUCUCUUGUAUCUCGUAGAAACGUUCAGGUGUUUACUCUUGCCAUAAGGCUCGUGUCCCACGGGCUGACAACGUUUGCUGUGUAUACCUUCAUUUUUGAUGAACUGGUUACAAUUUAGUUUCACUUUGUGUAGUGAAUCCCACUGUAAAGUUUUCUGAUUGUUGUUAAAAAUCUAAACAUAUUCAACAAAUAUUCAAUAAAAAUAUUUUAUUUCCGG